AGGAACAGAAGAUUUUUAGAGAACAGAAUCAAUCCAUACUCGUGAAAACAAUCAUUUUCAAGUGGGUCUCCCCAUGAUAUGAGCAAACCUGGUGCCCUGCCAGCGCAGGGUGAACCGCCACCUACACAGCAAUACUUGUUAGACUCUGGUCGUGGAGUACACCAAUCUCAGAUAGCCAUGCCAGCUCCAGUGGCAGCAGAUAGUACAGGACCACAGCUACAACCAAGUGGUCUUCAGCAGCAUCAAGGUCCAGUUCAUAGACAACCUGUAGUAGGGCACUUCUAUCAGCUAUCACAGCAGAUAUCAAGAACCAACAUGAACCAAAUGAAUACCACAGCUUUGACUGCUCACAACUCAACACCCCAGUUUCAACGUCAUCUUGGUCUUAUUUACCCACAGACCCAUUCUUUUCCUGGUCAUAUACCACACCAGACCUCAUUGGUUUUACAAGGAGGUGUACAUCCUUCGUAUCACAGACUUCCACAGUAUGGUGCAGCACCACAAUAUAAUCUAUCUUCAACACAACAGACAAUGUUUCUAACACCAGCAUCCCAUUCCUAUGCCUACAGUCAACAGUCUCAACAACAAGUCUACUUUCCUGUGAGUCCCAGUAGCAUGGCUUCCAUACCAAGUACGUUACCUUCAAUGACCCCUAGUGGUGCUGGAACAGCAGAGAAAAGAGAGAAGAAAAUUCUCCAAGUUGUUGAUCCCAAAACUGGCCAAGACAUAAUGCAAGACAUUAUUAGCUAUUCCUCUUCAAAGGAGAAUAAUGCCCCUGUAAAUGAGGUGGCUGCUCAAUUUGCUCUUCAAGUUGCUGCCCUUGCAACUUCAAAAGAAAACUCUUCAGUCAAGGAAGAGAUCCAAGAUCCUGGAAAACCUCUAAUGUCAACAGCUGAUUUGAGCAAUGGAUUGAAAACAUUUGAUGUAGACAGUAAAUCUAAGCCACCUACUUCUUCUGUAAAUGACAGUGACGGUGCUAAUGGUUUCAGUGGUAAUGGUGUAACCACAGUUGUUUUAAAUCCAGCCUCAAAAACAGUUCCUUGUGAAUUAAAUGGAAAACACCAAGUGAAUCGUGAACAAUCUAAUGAGGACGGACAAUCAGCUGACGAAGGAGAGGAAAAAUUUUUAAGCUCUUCUGAAAUUAUACCUGUGUCUUUGGUAGAGAAAGUUAAUGGGCCAGAAAAAUCUAGUGGUGUUGUUAGUGUGUCUAUGAAAGAAAUGGCUGUUAUGCCUAAAGAUGAAUCAGCUUAUGUUGUUGAACCAUCUGAAGUAGAAACUGUGAAACAAGUAACUGUUCAAGAAAUAGAACAGAUACCAGACUUUAAGCCUCAAGAAGAUGGGAUAAAAAAGGACCAUAUUGAAAUACUUGCAGUUGAAAAGGAAAAUAUAGGCAUUAGUGAACUUGGAAAAGAUGUAAAAGAAAAUGAAGAUUGUAGGAGGAUGAAAGAGCUCAAAAGGAAAAGUGAAAGUGAAGAGGGGGAAGACAUGGAUGCCUAUUUAAGCAAAAAAGAGAACACAAUUCCCAAUUUGCCUCCAACACCAGGACAAGUCUCACCUAAUCUCCGUUCUCAGGAAUCUGUUGAUCCAAUUGGAAUGUUACAAGAAGAUCAGUAUAAAGUAGAAGGAAAGACCCAAACCAACAGAAAACUUAGUCAUGAAGAACAAGUAGUGGAAAAAAACCAAAUUAACUUGAUGGAUAAAGGAGAAAAUCAGAUUAUAAAAAGUAACUUAGAUAACAAGAAAGCUCAAAAUGAAGAUCAAAAUACUGACAAUGAAUUCAGCAGUAAGACGUUUUCACAAGAAGAGUUAGUUCCAGACAAAACCCAAAUUAACAUUAAAACACUGUCCCAUGAAAAUCAACUGACAGUGGAUACCAAAGUAAAAGAUUGUGAAUUGAAGGAGGAGCAGGAAGCAACAGAGGAACUAGCAACAGUUAAUGGACAAACAGAAGGUCAAAUAACGUUAAAGUACAACUAUCAAGCAGGUUGGUAUUCUGUAUGCAAGACUUGUACAUUUUGUGUAGAAAUGAUCCACCAGCUGAGGAUUUCUAAUCCUAAGACUUGA